UUUAAAAUGACGUGAAUAACGUGUUCGCCAUAAUGAUAAUAAACCGUGAACACAAAGCUACAAAAUAACAUUUAAAGGUUCAGCUUUGACGCGGUUCUCGAUACACAGAUAUAUGUCUAAUAGCAGCUGAUUUUGUAGUGAUACAAGAGGAUACGAGGGCUGCUUUUCAAAACCGAAGGACUGAGCGGAACAACGAGAAUUGCCAUCUUGACAGGCAGUGCCAUGGCGUCAGUAUCUGCCAGUGUGGACUCGAAGGCAGAGCUGACGGCUCUGUUGGAGCAGUGGGAGAGGGAGCAACAGGGCGCCACACAAGACCUGGUUAACAUUCUAACCAAAAUAUCAGAACUUGUUGAAAAAGAGACAGAGGAGUAUCACAAAGCCGACCCAGACCCUUUUGAUGACCGACAUCCUGGGAGAGCUGAUCCAGAGUGCGUGUUAGGACACCUGCUCAAGAUCUUGUUCAAGAAUGACGACUUCAUGAACACGCUGGUGAAUAGCUAUGUAAUGACAAGCAGAGAAUUUUCCCUCAAUGCUGCAGCUUGUCGCUUGCUACAGAAUAUCAUGCCUGGGCUGGAAACAGCUGUGGUAUUUCAGGAAAAGGAGGGAAUAGUUGAAAAGCUGUUUAAAUGGGCUCAAGAGGCUGAGCAGCCUCUUCGAAUCUAUGCCACUGGCUUGUUGGCAGGUGCCAUGGAAAACCAGGAUAUUGCAGCAAACUACAGGGAGGAGAACUCUGUGUUGGUACCUCUGAUGCUGCAGCGGCUGCGUGAGCUUCAGGAUAAAGAUGCUGAGAACAGAAGAGAAAUUAAACGUCCCAGCCCUAGGAAGACCCUGAGUGGAACUUUGCUACCCCUGGAUGAGGAGGCUGUUGAUGGUGGCUUUGAGGAGAAGCCCUUCACACCUGCAAGAAACGGAGCCGAAAGGGAGGGGAUCGGGCCAGAAGAAGAUGGUGAAAUCCCAUUUUCAACCAUUGAGCCCGAAAACGAGCUGUCUUUCCGUCUCAACUCUCCCCACAAGACCAGCAGCCGCGCCAACUCGGCUGUUAAAACCAUGAUGAAACCCAUGUCUGCCCCUGUUUCACUGACACCCCAAGGCAUGUCUGAUGGCAGCAGUUAUCUGAGAAGAAAAACAGAGAGGGACAGCGGCAGGAUCUCAAAACAGAAGCUGAAUUUCUCUUUGCCGGAUCCAGAGAGGAACUUCAGUGAACUUUCCAACAGCAGCUGGUCUGAAAUGAGCCCCUGGGUGAUUGGCAACAACUAUCACCUAUACCCGCUGACCCCAGAAAUUGAGCAAAGACUCAUCCUUCAGUAUCUCACCCCUCUGGGGGAGUAUCAGGAGCUGCUGGCAGUGUUCAUGCAGAUGGGAGCUCGUGAACUUCUCAUGCAUUAUAUGGAUCUGAAGCAGACCAAUGAUGUACAGCUCACCUUUGAAGCCCUCAAGUAUCUGGCAUCUCUGCUGCUGCACAAGAAGUUUGCUGCAGAGUUUGUAGCUCAUGGAGGAGUUCAGAAGUUGCUGGAAAUUCCUAGGCCGUCAAUGGCUGCCACUGGAGUGUCUCUGUGCCUGUACUAUCUCGCCUAUAAUCAGGAUGCAAUGGAAAGGGUUUGUAUGUUGCCCCACUCCAUCCUGUCAGAUGUGGUUGGUUACACGCUGUGGCUGUUGGAAUGUUCACAUGCAUCUGGCUGCUGCCACGCCACCAUGUUUUUCUCCAUAUCUUUUUCUUUCCGAGCCGUCCUGGAGCUUUUUGACAAGCAGGAUGGGCUUCGACGCCUUGUCAAUCUGAUUAGCACACUGGAGAUCCUGAACCCUGAGGACCAGGGAGCGCUGCUAAGUGAUGAUGAGAUUUUCUCCAGUAGGCAGACAGCCAAGCACACCUGCAUGGCCUUGCGUAGGUACUUUGAGGCCCAUCUGGCAAUCAAGGUGGAACAGGUGAAGCAAUCUUUACAGCGCACAGAGGGGGGUGCCCCCAUCCACUCUCCACCAUACUACAAGGCUGUCAGCUAUAGCCGUGAGCAGGUGGUGGAAAUGAUGGAGUUUCUAAUUGAGUAUGGUCCACUCAGACUAUACUGGGAACCAGCGGAGGUCUUUCACAAGCUGUCUUGUGUCCAGCUCCUCCUGCAGCUCAUUUCUAUUGCCUGUGACUGGAGAACCUACUAUGGCAGAAGUGACACAGUGCGUUAUGCACUCGACAUCCUCAGUAUCCUCACAGUUGUCCCAAAGACACAACUGCUGUUGUCUGAAGCUGUUGCUGUGCUUGAUGAAGGAGGAUCCACUGUUUCCACUAUUGGAAUGAGUAUAGUCCUGGCAGUGGCAGAGGGAGAAGUAUUUGUGAACGAUGCUGACAUUCAGAAAUCAGCUCUGCAGGUCGUCAUCAACUGUGUCUGUGCUCCAGACAAACGCAUGUCCAGCAUUGGCAAGUUUAUUGCAGGCACCCCCCGACGUCGCCUUCCCCAGCAGACCAAAGCCAGUGAGAGUGUGCUCACUAAGAUGUGGAAUGUGGUGCAGUCUAACAAUGGAAUCAAGGUAUUGCUGUCUCUCUUGACAGUAAAGAUGCCCAUUACAGAUGCAGAUCAGAUACGUGCCUUGGCCUGUAAGGCCCUAGUGGGUCUGUCUCGCUCUAGCUCUGUUAGACAGAUCAUCAGCAAGCUGCCUUUGUUCAGCAGUGGACACAUCCAGCAGCUCAUGAAGGAACCUGUGCUGCAGGACAAACGCAGCGAACAUGUUAAGUUUUGCAAGUUUGCUGCCGAGCUCAUAGAACGGAUUUCUGGGAAACCCUUGUUGAUUGGUACAGAUGUGUCUCUGGCAUGGCUGCAGAGGGCCAGUGUGGUCGCUCAGUCCAGGAUCACCUUUCCAGAGAAAGAGCUGCUCCUGCUUAUCCGGAACCAUCUUGUGGCCAAGGGCCUUCAGGACACAGCCACCGCACUCACCAAGGAGGCCGAUCUCCCAAUGGCAUGUCUGUCUCAUGCAUCACAUUCAUCUUCUGCUUUCCCUCCUGUUCCCGUCCCACCUCCUCCUGCCUCUCCUGUCACUACUCUACCAAGGACCCCACGACUGGCCAAUGGUGUCGGGUCGAGACUCGCAAACCAUCCCCCUCAUUCAUCCACAGCAGGAUCUAGUCAUCCACAGACACGCCCCUGCACAGCCCAGCCUACGACUGCUGCUACUGCUUUGCCCCCGACAUCAGUCCCUCACUGUAGCAACGGCUCUCCUCUGAUUGGACGAAUUUGUUUCUCUCGUGAACGCCCAAUGGGUUGUGGUACAGUGAGCUGUAAGAAACCCCGGGUGCUGAGGCAGAAAUCUGAUCAUGGGGCCUUUAGUCAGAGUCCAGCCAUGAAGAAGCAGUUUGACAGACACCUACCCUCCCCACCUGCAUUAGACAGCAUCAUCACAGAGUACCUGAGGGAACAACAUGCUCGCUGUAAAAACCCUGUCGCUACCUGCCCACCUUUCUCACUCUUCACCCCCCAUCAAUGCCCUGAACCCAAACAGAGACGCCAGGCACCCACAAACUUUACAUCUCGACAUACGCGAAGAGUCAUUUAUCCAAAAUAUGGAGGCGUAGAUGGAGGAUGCUUUGACCGGCAUCUCAUCUUCAGCAGGUUCCGUCCCAUCUCUGUGUUCAGGGAGGCAGACGAGGAUGAGAGCGGAUUCAUGUGUUGUGCCUUCUCAGCCCGCGAGCGCUUCCUAAUGCUUGGAACAUGCACAGGGCAGCUCAAGCUCUAUAAUGUGUUUACAGGACAGGAGGAAGCUAGCUACAGCUGUCACAGUUCAGCCAUCACUCACCUGGAGCCUUCACGGGAUGGCUCCCUGCUCUUAACAUCCGCUUCUUGGAGUUACCCGCUGUCUGCACUGUGGGGCAUGAAAUCUGUGUUCAUCAUGAAGCAUUCCUUCCCUGGCGACCAUUAUGUGGAGUUCAGUAAGCUGUCACAGGAUCGUGUUAUAGGUACAAAGGAACAUAUAGCACGUAUCUAUGACAUCCAGACUGGGCAGGUAACGCUGACUCUAAAUAACCCUGACCUGGCUAACAACUACAAGAGGAACUGUGCCACCUUCAACCCCACAGAUGACCUUGUAUUGAACGACGGUGUGCUGUGGGAUGUGCGCACGGCUCAGGCUAUUCAUAAGUUUGACAAAUUCAACAUGAACAUCAGCGGCGUGUUCCAUCCCAAUGGCCUGGAGGUCAUCAUAAACACGGAAAUUUGGGACCUGCGAACUUUCCACCUUCUCCACACAGUUCCAGCUCUGGACCAAUGCAGAAUAGUCUUCAACAACAAUGGCACAGUCAUCUAUGGAGCAAUGUUGCAGGCGGAUGAUGAAGAUGACAUGAUGGAGAUGCAGAUGAAGACUCCAUUUGGUUCAUCAUUCAGGACCUUCAAUGCCACAGACUACAAACCGAUUGCAACAAUUGAUGUCAAAAGGAAUAUUUUUGACCUGUGCACAGAUACAAAAGACUGCUACUUAGCUGUGAUUGAGAACCAAGACUCUGUCAACACCGACACAGUAUGCAGGCUGUAUGAAGUGGGCCGACAGAGACUUGCAGAGGAAGAGGAGGACGAGGAGGAUCAGGAGGAUGACGAUCAAGAAGAAGACGAUGACGACGAUGACGAUUCAGAUGAUGAUGUCGAUACGGAUCCCCUAAUCGCCGAGCUGGAGAAUGAGAACGGUGGAGAUGAUGAAGAUGACGAGGAGGAAGAUGACGGGAACGAAGAAUUCUCUCCGUCCGAUGAAGAGGUUGCGCGUCUUCUCGAAGAGGAUGUUGAGGAUGCGGAGGACGUUGGAGAUGACGAUGAUGAGGAUGACAAUGAUGAGGAUGACUCUGAUAACGAUGAUAUCGAUCUAGAUGGUGAUAAUGACAGCUCUGACAACUCUGACCUUGAGGAUGACAUCAUCUUAUCCCUGAAUGAGUGAGGAGCGAGUAGCAUCUGGGACCGAAGAACUGGACAACAUGUCAAGACUUCCUCCUCAUGGGCAUUUUGAGCUGCAGAGUAGGAGGCAAGAAAAAAGGCUCAUAUCAGCAGAGGAGGUCUGAGAUAACGUAGAGCACUGCCAGUUUGAAACAUUAGGUGUCUGCACACAUCGGGACUCUUAAGUGACACGACCAAGAAAGACAAAUCUCACAGCGUUGCACAUAACACACACAUACUGUUCCCUUGUGAGGCAAAAAUGAUUGUAUAUAUAAUCUAGUUUUAUAAAACAGAAGUGGGCUUGUGUUGAGUGAUAUGCCUAGUGUGUUAAUGCAGUCGAGAAGUUUUCUAUUUUAUGACAUCAAUUGCUCUUUAAAUGAGCUUCUCGGUUUGAUAUCAGUUGACUCAUUUUGUAAGCCUCAGUUUGGUCACAGAUUAGUCUUUGUUACAUUGCAGGACUGUAGAGCUGCAUUUGUUUGGCGGAGGAUAUUGUGCUCUAAAGCCUGAAAGAAUUACCAAAAAAGUGUCGUAAAAGGCAGCUAAUGCAACGCUCAAAUGUGUUGCUGAUGAUCAAGUAUCAAAGCCACCUUCAGGAUUUUUGUCACCACAAACCGUUGAUUAAAAUGCCACACUCAGCAGUGCCAUUAGUAUCUUUUCUUGAUUUCAUUAUGUAAAUAGAGACAUUAAAUCAACCUAGUGAUUUGAAUGAAUUGCUGGAGUAAACCUUAACUAGUGUGGACACUGUAACAAAGGUAUUGACACACCUGCUCACUGGCAGAACAUGGCAUAAUGAGGCUUUAAAAGUUCUCUAUCACCCCCUUUGUGUACCAUCUAAGGAAAUGGGUUUAUUGGGACUUCCUUUAAAAAGACAACUGAGCUUUGAACUAUUGGUCCAAGUCCAAACCUACAAUUAAAAUGAAUACUGUGUUAGAAUUUCUGAACGGUUUGGUUUAUGAAAUGGCCGAUGACAUGUUCUGUUUCUGCAGUAAAUAUUUUCUGAAAUCAGAAACAUAAAUGAAUGACUGAUAACCCUUAAAACAACCAAAUUGUCAGGUUUCAUAAGACUUGAAAUUGCAAAAAUAAUAGCUGAUUUCUUGCACACAUUUUUAAGGCAGUGCAUACAUUUCUUUCCCAUGUUUUUGCCUUGUAUCUAGUAAUUCUACCAGUUUCUUUACUCAAAGGAGACUUUUUAUGUUGAUUUUCUUGAAACAAUCCAUGUACAGCUUGUAUGUAUCUAAAGUAUUUUUACUAUAAAUAAAAUCUUAAAAUGAAA